AGCCACAGCCGGCAGGCCUCUCAAGGUGUCCCCUACCGUAAUGUGGAAAAACCUCGUAGAAUUUGCGACAUUCGCGAUAGGCAGUGGCAAGAAAAGCAAAAUGAAAUCAUUGAAAUGGAAAUGAGUGUUCUUGUACAGGAGUCGCAAGCUGGAUUAUUGAAAUGGAGGCCCUCUUGGUUAUCGUUUUUGGGUUCACGUAGAUGGAUGAUUACAUUGUUGUGUUGGUACUGUGCAGUACAAGGUAUUAUUGUCAAUGGUCUCGUGCCUUCUGCGAUCUCAUCUAUAGAACGUCGGUUCAAACUUAGCACUAGCACUAUGGGUCGCAUCGUACAGUUUUACGACUUUGGAUACGUAUUAUUUUGUAUACCUGUGUCUUACUUUGGUGGGCGGCAUAGCAAACCUGCCGUACUUGGUGCUGGUCUCGCUCUUAUUAGUAUUGGUAGUUUACUGUUUUCUACGCCUCACAUGCUAGCAGAUAGUUAUUCGACUAAUCAAGAUCAUAAAUCGCUUGGCGCAUGCUCUAUAAAAACUAUGUGGAAUUCCACGGAUGUGGACACGUCAGCGUUGACAGCCAGCUGUGCAGCACAAAAACAAAACCAGCCCGGAACGUUUCAAUACGUAUUUUUGUUCUGUUUGGCUCAUUUUUUACACGGAAUUGGUGCAACGCCGCUGUUCACUAUCGGAGUCUCCUAUAUUGACGAAAAUGUCGGCAAAGCGCUUUCAUCUCUGUUUGUAGGCAUUUUCUACUCUUUCAUCGUAUUCGGGCCAGCUGCAGGAUUUCUGACUGCGGGUAAAUUUCUCACAUACCACACGGAUUUCUGGCAUCUUCCAGCUGAACACAUUUCGCGGUGA